UCAUUCGCUGUGUAGAACUAUUCUUCCAUUAUAUUUCACUGUAGUGAUAACAUGCAGCAUUAUACAAUCGAGUCACAUAGUAUAAUAUUCUGUUGGUUUUCUUAUUUUUUGAAUGCAACAGAAAUAUUCACAAAUGUUCGAAUACAGUAUUCCGUGGUGUGAUAUUUGUGUAGUAUUGGAACACUAAACGGCAAGCGACAGCAGACAGGCAUGGCGGCGUGAGUGGUGUGAAACUGUGACGGAGCCUUGUGUGCUGCUGGCGUCCAUCAUUGCUUUCCUCAAGGUGUCACGUGAGGAUUCGGGUCAGGUUACAUUCUUGUUCAUCGUGAUCUUUCUCGUCCAGUCCACUGUGAUGCUGGUCUUCCAAACGAUCUGGUUUUGUCACCACAGCCGCCGCUACCUGGAGCAGCAGCAGCAGCAACAACAACAACAACAACAACAACAACAACAACAACAACAACAACAACAACAACAACAACAACAACAACAACAACAGCAGCAGCAGCAGCAGCAGCAGCAGCAGCAGCAGCAGCAGCAACAACAACCCACCUACCAUCUGGCUGGUAUUUUGGUGGUUGUUAACUUAGAGGCUGUGUACGUGAUGACAACCUUGAUGCUGCACAGCUCGGGCGACUCGCUAAGGUGGACUGUAGUUUGGGUCACCAGCUGGAGGUGGCGGAUCACUUGUGAUGGUUUGCCGAGACUGGAACUAAGUAGCAGCGCAUUCCUGGUGAUCACAGCCAGAAUCCAGCUCAGAAUCAUACUACCAUAGAUCUGCAUCCUCAUUUGUCCAUAAUGAAAAUUGUAAUGAAAUUACAAAUUUAAUAUCCUCUCAGAUAUGGUGCUAGAAUGCAGUAAGCCACAAGUUAUUUGCUCUUGUAAGAGUGGCUACAAAUAACAGUAUUACAUGGAUUAUUAUGUAUACUUAGGAUACCUCAAAGACCCUCCAGAGAAAAACUGGUACAGCAUUUCAAAAAAAAAAAAAAUGUCACUUUGGUAGAGGAGUCCUCAGAACUCUUAGAACACUAGGAAGCUUAUUACUUGCAACACUGCAAGCUCACAAGUCUGAUACACAUGGAGCAAGUAUUAAUCAGAUUAGUGCCAACAGUAAAAUAUACUCUUGGGUGCAGCACAUCAUUGGAGAUGCCUCGACCAUGGCACAAUGUUGAAGACACCACCACCACCACGACAGAGCAGCACAGCAUCAUGGAGAUACCAUCACCAUAGUUGCGAGUUCGGAGGUCUGUGGAGAAAAACUGUCAAUCAGUUUGCACAAUUAAAACAGGUCAUGAAC